AUGGCAAAGUGCGAUAACCCUCUAGGCGUAGGAGUUCAUGAGAAGCCACUGUUUGGGAACAUGACGGCGCAUGAGCUUCUUAUCACGAUAGCUACCGCAAGCUCGAUCAUCGCAAUAUCCCUUUCGCUAUAUCUAGUCUAUCGCCACCUGACAAACUACACGCAGCCGAAGUUGCAGAAACUAAUCAUCCGCAUCGUGCUCAUGGUACCGAUAUAUACCAUUUGCUGCACCUUGAGCAUUCCUUUCUACGAGUCUAGCGUCUACCUAGGCGCUAUAUACGAAUUUUACGAGUCACUCGUCAUCGCUUCAUUCUUCCUGCUGCUCUGCAGAUAUCUUCAUACAGACCUGCAUUCAGUGCGACAACUCUUCUCCAUCGUUGAGCCCCAGCCAUGGGUGCUCCCGGUACGGAUGUUUAGGAAAUACGUGCUUCGGCGCAAGACGAUCAAUACGCCUAAUGGCUCCAAGUACUUCAGCAUCAUCUGGGUUUGCAUCCUCCAGUUUUGUGUCAUAAAGUUCUUUGGCGCUCUUACGAAAUGCAUCACCGAAGCUCUCGACGUUUACUGCAAGACUUCCACCGAUCCAAAUCAUGCUAGGAUAUGGGUUAUCGAGAUCAUCUCACUUAUCACUGCUAUGAUCUGCCUCUUGCAAUUUUACAAGCAAACUAAGCUCGAGCUCGCUGUUGAUCGACCAUUGUUGAAAUUCGUAGCGAUCAAGCUUGUGGUCUUCCUCUUCUACGUACAGAGCUUUAUAUUCAGCCACCUCACGAAGAAAGGCGGCGCAAUGAGUCCGACUGAUAAGAUCUCAUAUCCUUCCCUCGCUGUCGGUAUCCCAAAAACUGUGUUGUGCUUCGAAAUGGCACUGGUCUCGAUGCUCCAUCUAUAUGCAUACCCGUAUGACGUAUUUCAGACGUACAAGGCAGUCGAUAACUCAGAAGAGAGUGGCAUCCGCGAGAGUCGCAACGGAGAUGACGAAGCGAUGGAACUUUCACCGCAGGAAGAUCCGGUCAUGUUGCCAAGGAAGAUGCAUUGGACAAAGGCCAUCAUACACGUUUUGAGUUUCAAAGACCUCUGGCGGGCACUUCUACACUCGUACCAUAGUGUGGUAGAUCAUCGGCGAAAGCGAACAACGGCCCAGCAUUCAGGGACGAAUAACGAACGGGGCGUGGAACCGUUCGUGACGACUAGCCUGGCAGAAGCCUUGGAUGUGAUGAAAAGGCGCAACAACAACUGA